UCUCGGAGAUCCACUGCAACAGGUCAUGGCAGCGCCGGGCGGUAGGACCGAAGCGCCGCACCACGAGUACAGCUGCGACUACGUGGUGUCGCGUCCUGUCUACAGCGAGCUGGCCUUCCAGCAGCAAUACGAGCAGCGCCUGCAGGAGCGCAAGACGCUGAGGGAUCGUCUGUCCAAAGGCUGCAGUUGCUCAAGAAGGAAAGCCAUUGGUGUGUUGAAGACUCUCCUGCCCAUCUUGGACUGGCUCCCCAAAUACCGAGUCAAGGAAUGGCUGCUUAGUGACAUCAUUUCGGGAGUUAGUACUGGGCUAGUGGGUACGCUGCAAGGCAUGGCGUAUGCUCUGCUAGCAGCAGUUCCUGUGGGAUUUGGUCUCUAUUCUGCCUUUUUCCCUAUCCUGACAUACUUUUUCUUUGGAACAUCAAGACACAUCUCCGUUGGACCUUUCCCAGUGGUCAGUUUAAUGGUGGGAUCGGUUGUUCUGAGUUUGGCCCCCGAUGAAGACUUUGUCAUAUCCAGCAGCAAUGGAACAGCAUUGAAUGCUACCACCAUAGACUUUGCGGCUAGAGAAGCAGCCCGAGUUGUAAUUGCCAGCACACUGACUGUUUUGGUUGGAGUCAUACAGUUGAUCUUUGGAGGAUUGCAGAUUGGAUUUAUAGUGAGGUACUUGGCAGAUCCUUUGGUUGGUGGAUUCACAACAGCUGCUGCCUUCCAAGUGCUGGUCUCACAGCUAAAGAUUGUCCUCAAUGUUUCAACCCAAAACUAUAAUGGAGUUCUCUCCAUUAUCUAUACCCUUAUUGAGAUUUUUGCAAAUAUUGGUAGCACCAAUCUUGCUGAUUUCACUGCUGGAAUACUCACCAUUAUUAUCUGUAUGGCAGUUAAGGAAGUAAAUGAUCGAUUUAAACACAAAAUCCCAGUUCCUAUUCCUAUAGAAGUAAUUGUGACAAUAAUUGCUACUGCCAUUUCAUAUGGAGUCAACCUGGAAAAAAAAUACAAUGCUGGCAUUGUUAAAUCCAUCCCAAGUGGGUUUUUGUCUCCUGCAAUUCCAUCUGUGUCCUUGUUCUCGAAGAUGCUGCCUGCGUCCUUCUCCAUCGCUGUGGUGGCUUAUGCUAUCGCGGUAUCUGUAGGAAAAGUGUAUGCCACCAAGUAUGAUUACACCAUCGAUGGGAACCAGGAAUUUAUUGCCUUUGGGAUCAGCAACAUCUUCUCGGGAUUCUUCUCUUGUUUUGUGGCCACCACUGCCCUGUCACGCACUGCUGUCCAAGAGAGCACUGGGGGAAAGACGCAGGUUGCCGGCAUCAUCUCUGCUGGGAUUGUGCUGAUCGCCAUUGUUGCCCUGGGGAAGCUGCUCGAACCCUUGCAGAAGUCGGUCUUGGCAGCUGUUGUAAUCGCCAACCUGAAAGGGAUGUUUAUGCAGGUGUGUGACAUUCCUCGUCUAUGGAGGCAGAACAAGAUUGAUGCUGUUAUCUGGGUGUUUACAUGCAUAGCAUCCAUCAUUCUGGGGCUGGACCUGGGUUUACUAGCUGGCCUUUUAUUUGGAUUGCUGACUGUUGUCCUGAGAGUUCAGUUUCCCUCAUGGAAUAGCCUUGGAAGCAUCCCUAGCACAGACAUUUAUAAAAGUACCAAGAACUACAAAAAUAUUGAAGAACCAAAAGGAGUGAAGAUUCUUAGAUUUUCUAGUCCUAUUUUUUAUGGCAAUGUCGAUGGUUUUAAAAAAUGUAUCAAGGCCACAGUUGGAUUUGAUGCCAUUAGAGUAUAUAAUAAGAGGUUGAAAGCACUGAGGAAAAUACAGAAACUCAUCAAGAAAGGGAAAUUGAGAGCAACGAAGAAUGGCAUUAUCAGUGAUAUCGGUUCAUCAAAUAAUGCUUUUGAGCCUGAUGAAGAUAUUGAAGAUCCUGAAGAAUUUGAUAUCCCAACCAAGGAAAUAGAGAUUCAAGUGGAUUGGAACUCUGAGCUUCCAGUCAAAGUGAAUGUUCCUAAAGUGCCAAUCCACAGCCUCGUGAUUGAUUGUGGAGCUGUGUCUUUCUUGGAUGUGGUUGGAGUGAGAUCACUGCGAGCGAUUGUCAAGGAAUUCCAAAGAAUUGAUGUAAAUGUGUAUUUUGCAUCACUUCAAGAUUCUGUAAUAGAAAAGCUGGAGAAGUGUGGUUUCUUUAAUGAUAGCAUUAAGAUGGACAUAUUCUUUCUGACGGUCCACGAUGCUGUCCUCCACCUACAGAACCAGAUUAAGUCCCGAGAUGUUCAGGAUUCCAUUUUAGAAACGAUCACCCUUAUGCAAGACUGUAAAGAUCCUCUUGAAUUAAUGGAAACAGAGUUGAUUGAAGAAGAACUUGAUGUCCAGGAUGAGGCGAUGCGUACACUCGCUUCCUGAAAGUGGCUCAGGAGGUCCCUAUAAGCAAGGACUGCAAGGCAAAAUGUACCCAUCAAUGUAAUUCUAUGCAAAUAUUUUCUGCAUUGACUAUUUCUCAAAACAUUCAUUCUUUUCCCAUUAGAUUAUUUAUGUUUGAUUUAAAACAACAGACCUCUUAGCUAUUGAAACAGAAGCAUAAAGAUUGUUUCGAGACUUUAUAAAAUAAAUAGCUUACAUUAGAAAUGUGUGAAAUGGUGAGGAGACUUACAGUGAUUUAGUGUUAUCCUGGAUCUGCUGAUAUUAUGCUGCUAAUCCCCUACAGACUUGGCUAAUACUGUUCGUGAAGGUACUGGUGUAUCUCUGUUGUGUUGGGGUACAGCCUCUGAGGGCAGGUGAGUCUGAUUGACCUUGAUACCUGUGAGCUGUUCUGGUCAUGUGUCAGGUCACAUUGAGUAAAUUCUGAAAUAUAAUAAUUAGUGCAUUGAUCAAUAGAAACCUUCAAAAAUCACUUUUGAACAAGUAUAUAAAAAAUUGCUUUUAAUGUAAAUUUGAUUAGUGUGUAAUAAUGAAGUACUAUUAUAUGUGACCAGAAUUCGGAAUCAAGGAAAUAAUUCAUUUGAAAGCGACAGAACUGGGCUCAUAUGUUUUAGAAACUUUGGCUUAGAGAAAUAAAGCAGUAAGAAGAUUGUUUUGGUUUAUAGAAAUCACAUUUCCCUCUGAUGAUAAUCAUAGAUCACAAUUCAGAUCAAAUAAAAUAUACAA